UUUAUAAACACCACCGCUGUGGAGAGAGUCACCAUCUGUGACACAAGAGUUGACAAUGGAUUCCAGUACCCACAAGCUCUAUCACAAAGACUGCUUUGAUUCCAGAGACCAUCUGAACGUUUACUUCUCAGAUGAAGAUGAAAUGGUCUUUCGGGAGGAUACCUUGUUAUUUCCUAUUGAAAAUCUUAGAAAAACUUUUGCAUUGGGUCAUAUUAAAGGAGAGAUCUUGAUUGACCUCAGCAUUGGUUCUAUACCUCAUCAUCUGUAUUCAUGCUGUGAGUUUUUCAAAGACAUCAUAGUGCUCAAGGCCAGUGACCGAUGCAUCAUGGAGCUGAAAAGAUGGGUGGACGCACGUACAGGAGCAUUUGAUUGGAGCCAUGCAGCAAAACUUCAUGUAGACACAGAAGGAAACAGUGAUGAAUUACAGGAGAAGAAUGAAAAAUUGAAAUCAGCAAUUCAUCAAAUAGUAAAAUGUGACCUUGAGAAGCCAAAUAUCACAGGUCUGAUAGUCUUACCACCAGCAGAUUGUGUCAUCAGCGCUUGGCUCCUGGAUGUUGUCUGCAAAGAGAAAGAAGAUUACAACAGAUAUCUCUCGAAGUUAUCAGGUUUACUAAAACCUGGAGGACACCUCAUAUUAAUUGGGGUUGUAGAUGCAACAUUUUUCACAAAUAAGAAAGAAAGGUUCCAUGUAUUCAACUAUAAUGAGAGGUUUGCCAGGGAGGCUGUAGAGGGAGCAGGCUUUGUUAUUGAUUGUUGUCAGGUUAAGGAAAGAACAGCUGUUAGUGACCUUGCUGACUAUAAGAGCAUGAUACUCAUUGCAGCUCACAAGGGGCAGUAGAGCUGAGUAGAAACUUACAAUUUAAGUAACUGAAAUAAACCAUUUUUAUGGCGUAUAUCUUAUGCAGAUUCUGUCGCAUGCGUUGUGACAGAAUCUGCAACUUCUUCCCCAUUCAUGCCAGGUCUCAAAAAGUGGGCAUGGUGUGGGUAGGAAGGCCGGCCUGUCUCAUUUAUCAUUUUCUAUGCCUGGUUUAGGCAUAGAAAAUGGUUUAAAUGUAAGACUGCAAGGAAACUGCCUUACAUCAGGUGGUGGAUAGGCCAAAAUUAUGUAGAGGCUAUGCUCCUAAUGCCUCAUUCACAUUUCAGUGUUUUUGGGCAGUGAUUUUCAUCAGUGAUUGUGAGCCAAAACCAGGUGCAGCUCUAAACACAGAACAGGUGCAGAUCUUUCCCUUAGGCCUCAUUCAGACAACCAUAUGAAUGGGAAUCCAUUCCCGGCAUCCGUUCCGCAAUUUUAUGGAAGGGGUGCGGACCCAUUCAUUUUAAUGGGGCCGCAAAAGCUGGGGACACCGUGUGCGGUCCACAUCCGUAGUCCUGUUCUGCUGUCCCACAAAACAGAUAGAGCAUGUCCUACUGCAGACAAGAAUAGGCAUUUCUAUCAUAGUGUUGGCCAUGUGGGGUCUGCAAAAUUUGGAACGCACACCGCCGGUAUUCUUGUUUUGCGGACCCGCAAUUUGCGGAACACAAAACACUACGGCCGUAUGAAUAAGCCCUUAUACCUUAUAUCUGUGGAGGCUCCAAUCCUUGUUUUGGCUCACAUUCACUGAUGGAAAUCACUGAUGCAAACACUGACGUGUGAAUGAGGCUUAAGUCUUUAUGUCAAGAGCACACAGUGUAUGUAAAGCUUUAAACCAGGAUUAAAAAGAAUCUGUCACCAAUUUUAUGCUGGCCUUUCUGAGAGAAGCAUUAACUGCCAAAGAGAUGUUAGUUUAAAUAAGGGGGCACUUACUUGUAUUUAGCAUGCGUUUUUCUUAAAAUGUCUAUUAGACGUCUUCAGUGCAAGUCAAGUGAUGAAGUCUCCUUUAGACAGUUUAAGGAGUCCUUGUAUUCAGGAGGACCUCUCAGCUCUCCUCAUCAACCACCACUAGUUGACAGUGUUUAUCCUAUUCACACUAUAUAAAGAGAGCAAUCAAUUGUGGGCAGGGGAGAGGCCGGACAGAGCAGAAGAAUAUCCAGUUUCCAGCACUUGUCACAUAUGUUUGGUUAAACAAAUUAAAUGACCAAACAUUUUACCAGCUUUUGCUUCUCCCAAAUAGCAACAAGGUGACAGAUUUGCUUUAAUAAUGAACCAGGAUUUCUUCUAUAAUCUUAUUUACCAAAAUAAUUUAUAGAGAAACCUUUUGCUUGAGCAGAGUCUAUGUUAUCGAACCAUAAUCAGGUUCCACUGAUUAUUAUGUGAAAUCCAAAUUAGUAGAGUUACGAGGCAUAAUCAGUGUCCAACAAGAUGAUUCCACGUUAAUGAAGCAGGGUGUAAAAUGACAUAAUACUUACAGAUAACGUUGGCAGAUACAUGCCAACCUUCAUAAACCAUAAUCAUGACAUUUGACAUUUACACUCAUCCUAAACUAUGUUGUCUCCUUGUUCACUCUUUGGCUGCAGGUCCAGAGCUGGCAUGCUUCCCAGAAUCAUGACUAGAUAGUCUGCAGAGCAUCUGCAGACUAUUUCAAGGCUAAAGAUGACAGAUGAAUAUAAUUUUAAAAGGAAGUUAAUACUGAAACAACAUAUAAUAUGAUGCGGUGAUCUGCAUGAGCCCUAAGGCAUAAAGGUGGCUUCACACUCUACAAAUUGUGUGGCAAAAAAUUCUGCAACUGAAAAUUAGUUCCAUUCAUUUGAAUGAGGCAGCAAGCACAUGGAUUUCUGCAAGCCCCGUUAAGGUAAAAGGGACUGAUUUGCAGUUGCAGAAUUUUCUGCCGCGUAUGAAGGCACACUAAUAGUUUCAUAAUUACAUUUAUAAGAAAAGUGGAUUCUUCAUUUUCUCAUUCAGAGCUUCAACCCUCUGCUGCCACCACUAGAGGGAGCUUAGGAGCUCAGAUUAUGUUAUUGAAUUCUACGAUAGUUGUACACAAGCUUCUCCAGAAUUUUGCCACUAAAAUCCAUGGCUAAAAAUUGAAUUAGUAAAGCAUUGAUGAAAAUAUAGAAAACAGAAUGGUACAAGAUUGGAAAUUUCUUGCUCCUUACAGUUCUUAAUAUGCACACAAUGAUUUUGGUCACUGAAGCAUACAUUUUUUACAAUGAAAUAUUAAAUUAGUUGGUUAAGAUUAAUUAGAUUAAUAGCUUUUUCACUCAUUUUAGUUUUAAGGUUUUCUUUGGACUGUUAAUAGUUUCAGGACCUGGUUUGAUCGCAUGGUGCAUUAUGGGAUAUUAUAAGGCCACUUGCAUUAUAUAAAUAUUGCAAUAAAGGGAAUUAUGUAGCAUUAAACUGUG